UUCCUGUUUUUCCGGUUCCGUCUUCCCACAUGCCGGACGGAACAAGCAAGCAGCCAAAGAGAGAGAACUCUCAAGGACUUGGAGGAGGUGUUAUUUUUCUUCCUUUAUUAGUCUUGUGACGUGUGGCAUGUCACAUCUAUGAUGGUGGGUCAUUUGAAAGCAGGCCCGCUGACCAUCAUUCUCAGCUAAGCCGAUGGGCAUCAGGGAGAAACCGCAAUCCCCGAGCCAACAGCAUGGAGGCAUUCAGACAGACUUUUGGGCAUUUCCCAUUUCAGAUGUCAACAUACAAGAGAGCCACGUUGGAUGAGGAGGACCUGGUGGAGUCCAGCGGGGACGACGUUUACCAAUCAACACCCAUGCAGGUGAAUCUUCUGCAGGGGCGUGGCCUCCCUUGUUGGCCUGAGAGAACGCCGCGGGAGAGGAGGCUCCUGGUUUUAGUGUGUGUCCUUUCUCUGGGCCUGUUCGUAUCACUCAUCACGACAGCUGUCUUCUACCGGCAAACUCACCCCGGUAUGUGUCUGACGGAGUCGUGCAUCAGGGUGACCAGCGCAGUCACAGCGGCCCUGGAUCGCUCCGUGGACCCCUGCCAGGACUUCUACAACUUUGCCUGCGGGGGCUGGAUGAAGAACAACCCCCUCCCUGAAGGCAAGUCCCGCUGGGGGCCCUUCAGCAACCUGUGGGAGCACAACAUGCUGGUCAUGAAGCGGUUGUUAGAGAACACAACCAGGAAAGGCCUGAGUCAAGCUGAGGAAAAAGCGCAGAGAUAUUAUCAGGCUUGUAUGAACGAGAGCAAGAUCCAGGAGUUAGGAGCCAGACCGUUAACGGAGCUCAUCACGCAGAUUGGAGGAUGGGCCCUAACCGGAUCCUGGGACAAAGAAAACUUCCAGGAAGUCCUCCGAUCGGUGUCGGCAAACUACCGCACCUCGCCCUUCUUCACCGUGUUCGUCAGCACCGACUCCAAAAACUCUUCCAGUAACAUCAUCCAGGUGGACCAGUCUAGUCUAGGUCUCCCUUCACGGGAUUACUACCUCAACAAAACCGCCAAUGAAAAGUACCUAACGGCAUACCUGAACUUCCUGGUGGAACUAGGCGUCCUCCUGGGGGGCUCCGAGGAGACAUCUCGGGUGCUCAUGGGGGAGAUUGUGGACUUUGAAACAACCCUAGCCAACAUCACGGUCCCCCAGGAGGAGAGGCGGGACGAGGAGCUCAUCUACCACAAGAUAGAGGCCAAAGACUUGAAGACUUUGGCUCCGGCAGUGGACUGGAUGCCCUACCUCAGCGAGGUGUUUGCUCCGGUGCCGCUCACCGACUCAGAGCCGCUGGUCGUCUACGCCAUGGAAUACCUCCAAAAAGUGUCGGACCUCAUCCAAAACACCAAUAAAAGCCUUCUCAACAACUACAUGAUCAUGAAAGUGGUCAGGAAGAUGGUGUCCAACUUGGACCAGAGGUUCCAGGAUACAGAGCAGCGCUUCCUAGAGGUCAUGUAUGGGACUAAAAAGAGCUGCACCCCUCGAUGGAAGCUGUGCGUCAGCGACACUGACAGCAGCCUGGGCUUCGCUCUGGGCGCCAUGUUCGUCAAAGACACCUUCGCCGAGGACAGCAAGGCCAUAGCCGAGGACAUGGUGGGAGAAAUUAAAAAGGCGUUUGAGGAGAGCCUGAAGUACGUGCGCUGGAUGGAUGCUGACACCAAAAAGGCAGCGAAGGAGAAGGCAGAUGCUAUUUACAACAUGGUGGGCUAUCCAGAGUUCAUCAUGAACAGCACAAAGCUGGACAAGGUGUUCAAUGAUUUUGAGGUGGUGAUGGAUUUUUACUUCCAAAAUGUCAUGCAGUACUACAACUUCUCAGCCAGGGUGACGGCGGAUCAGCUGAGGAAAACUCCAAAUAGAAACCAGUGGAGCAUGACGCCCCCAACAGUGAAUGCCUAUUACAACCCCACCAAGAAUGAGAUGGUUUUGCCAGCGGGAAUUCUUCAAACUCCAUUCUACAGUCGGUCUUGGCCCAAAGCUCUGAACUUUGGCGGCAUUGGGGUGGUCAUGGGGCACGAACUGACCCACGCUUUUGACGACCAAGGGAGGGAAUACGACAAGGACGGCAACCUGCGCUCCUGGUGGAAGAACUCGUCCGUGGAGGCCUUUAAGAAGCAGACUCAGUGCAUGGUGGAACAGUACGGCAACUACAGCAUCAACCAGGAGCUUCUGAACGGAAAACACACGCUGGGGGAGAACAUCGCAGACAACGGCGGACUCAAGUCUGCUUACAAGGCUUACGUGAACUGGAUGGAGAAGAACGGGGACGAGGCCACCCUGCCUGCCCUGGGAAUGACCAACCACCAGCUAUUUUUUGUGGGCUUUGCACAGGUGUGGUGCUCAGUCCGGACGCCUGAGAGCUCGCACGAGGGCGUCAUCACCGACCCGCACAGUCCGUCCAGAUUCCGAGUCAUCGGGACGGUCUCCAAUUCGCAGGAAUUCUCCCAUCACUUUGGCUGCAAGGCCAACUCGCCCAUGAACCCCAAACACAAGUGUGAGCUGUGGUAGUGCCUUCCAAAACACAGAACCAGCCUACCUGUCUUACCACUAACCUGUCUCUCUGCGCCUUCUUGCCAGGACUCUUUGGAGGCUUCCGUCUCUAUCUUCAGGUUGAAUGUUUGCCAUAAAUGUGCUGUUUUUUUCUAACACUGGAGAUAAAAACCUUUAAGGAUGAGAGAAGAAUUCUCACGUUUUCUAGCCACUAACAUCUGAUGAUUCAUUGUUUUUUCCCAAUUUUGUUCAGGACUUAUUCUGUAUAUCAGUGGUCCCCAACCACUACCGGCUCACACGUUCAUUCAUUCAUUUACAAAAUACCACAAGUUCUCCCACUUGACUUUGGCCUGUCCCACUAAACACACCAAUAAGUUUGUUUGUAUGUGUAUAUAACAACUUCUUUGUUAUAGUACAUUAAUGGACAUAUCACACGUUAACGUGUCAGAUUGUAGCCAAAGGCUAAUUUCCAUCUGCAGUGCCCUGCAGGGUCACAGGGGUUCUUAACCUUUUCCACUAGAGAAGGGCCCGAGGACCACGCCAAUAUUGCCACUGAAUUAGUCAUCUUACUCUUAAUUUAGAUCAUAUUCAAUGAUUAUAUCUAACUUUCUUACGGUUCACUACCUUGUCAAAUGUUACAAAAGCAUGUGUUCAUCACAAAGAUUAUGUUGUUGAUUUAACAAAAUAAACCUUAGGCUUAGGUCAGGCUGAUUUGAAAAAUAAGUAAAACCAAAUAAACAAUACAUUUACAUACAAUAUGUAAUAUGGUGUGUUAGAAUAAAUUAACUAAAUUAAUAAUAAAUAUAUUUCUUAACUAAACUUUCGAUAAAAUGAAUGUCACUUUAGUCAUAAUUUUUGUGCUUAAGAAAUUUCUCUGAUAUUAGCGCCAGACUUCUUGUGUUUGAUAUUGUCAUUACUGCCACAAGUGGUGGAAAACUAUAUUACAAAUGUAUACCGCUGCGGCCUUUACAGACCACAGCUGAAAAAACAUAUAUUACAAUUCUAGGGGGCCAAACACUGGGCCCUGGCCCUAUGAUUAAUAAACACUGGAAUUUAGCAGUGGUGUGCCGUCAGUGCCAGCAAGGCCUUCUCUGCUGACCUAACAGAAAUCCAUCCAUCCAUCCGUUUUCUACCGCUUAUCCUGCUACAAAAAUCAUGAUCAUUAUUUAAAAAAAGAAAAUGUUAUUUCUAAUUGACUUUCCAUAAAUAUAUAAGUAUUCAUCAUAGUCUUUUUAUGUCAUAUUAGGCUCCAGUGUGGGCAGCACGGUGGAAGAGGGGUUAGUGCAUCUGCCUCCCAAUACGAAGGUCCUGAGUAGUCCUGGGUUCAGUCUCGGGCUUGGGAUCUUUCUGUGUGGAGUUUGCAUGUUCUCCCCGUGACUGCGUGGGUUCCCUCCGGGUUCUCCGGCUUCCUCCCACCUCCAAAAACAUGCACUUGGAGAUAGGUUGAUAGGCAACACUAAAUUGGCCCUUGUGUGUGAAUGUGAGUGUGAAUGUUGUCUAUCUGUGUUGGCCCUACAAUGAGGUGGCGACUUGUCCAGGGUGUACUCCGCCUUCCGCCCGAAUGCCGCUGAGAUAGGCUCCAGCAACCCCCCGCAAUCCCAAAAAGGGACAAGCGGUUGGAAAACUGGAUAGAUGUAUGGAUUAGGCUCCAGUGUUGCUCUUUUAAGUUAGAGCUUUUAUCCACUCAGAAUUCAGCUAGCUUGUUGCCAGUGCUGUAUGAAUUCUGCCUUCUGACCCAACAUUAGUGGCGACUGUGCAGUUUAACGAACGGAGGACAUUCAGUUGACAGACAGCUGUGAUAGCCGAUCAGAUCACAAGUUGUUGACAGUAGCCUUAUGUUGAAAGCGACUGUGAUUGGAUACUCACUUGUUACUCCCAGGUAUCCAAUCACAAAUUGUGAUAUACGAAAGCAGAAAGUGGUAGAGGAGCCAUACCCGGCCAGCGGAGAAAUCAGCGGUAUUCACUUUUUUUAAGCAACAAAGUAGCAGAGCAAAAUUAGGUGGCAGAUGUAACGCUUUGCCUGCCAUUUCGACUCAAAUCAACCAACUACAAGCAGUAUUGUGGAUUCAAAUAUAUUUUUUCACAUUUAAUGUUUUUUACAAUUAUUUUUGUUUUGACAGUACCACGUCCGAUGCGGGUUUAUUGAUUUUUAAACGCGCAAAAAAAUAGCCCUUUCUGUACACUACUGACAAGUUGAGUUGAUUCUCUGCCCAGUAGUGCGCAAGUGUGUUUGUGUAUAGUAUUUUACAAGCCGUAGUCAUGUGGCGACAUACAUGAUGGUAUUUUGAGAGGUAUUUAUUGAAGUCGGACUAAGUAGGACAUCACUGAAGGCCAGAUGGGAAACGUCGCUGCUAUAGAAUAUGCCAGGGCUCCUACUACUUUAGCGUUAUUUAUGGUAGAUUUUUCAUUCUGUUUUUAUCUGCCACGUGGGAAUAAUGUAUACAUAAAAGCGGUCCUGGUCCUGGUCCUGGACAAAAGGUUGGGGACCCCUGCUGUAUAUGAAUGACAGAAACAUGCAUUUAUGACGAGAUGUCUGAUCUCAUAACCCAUUACUUUCUGUUUCACAUCCUUCAUCCUAAUUUCACUCCUUUAUUCAUGUCACUGUUUUAUGCAACACAGGGGGACUUUUUGGUUUUGUUUGUAGCCCCGGGUGUUUUUAAGCCCGUUAAAAUAUGAAAGUCCGCUUAAAAAGGAUUGCAAAGCCAUAUUUAUCUGGAAUGUUUAGAGUUCUCUCUCUGUAAGGGAAAAAUGCACUGUGUGUGUACAACUUGGCCCAACAGUUAUUUUGACUGGGAGAGAAUUGCUGCCCUGACUAUUUCCUGACAACGCGACUUUCCGACUGCUUGGAAACACGGAAAGAAUAUAGCAAGCAAUAAAAACAAAAAGCUGCUGAGACAACCAAAAUAGACCAAGAUGAUGCUGUUUUUGUGUGGAAAUAUUAUUUUGUAUAAUAAAACAACCAUAAAACUCGU